AUGAUGAAUUGUUUAAUUCCAUUUCAAGUUCUUAAUACAGCAACAAUUAAUGAAGAACAUAAAUCUUCGAAAUUUAUUGAACAAGUAAAACGAUCUCAUCCAGAUAAUUUCUUUAAAAUUAUGGCUAAGAAAACCGCAUUUCGAGAUAUUAAAAUUCAAGAGCGUCAACAGAUUCAAUGGUUUAUCGCUAGCGAACGAUUACAAAUUACUGUACACGUCACAUUUACUCCAGACGAUAAUCAUGGAAAGAUGAAGGUGCUGUCCUUAGGUGAUACACUUAGUGUGGAGAGACAUACAAUCGAAGGUGAAUUUGAAACUUUAAGCAGUGGAAUGUUGACAAUAGAAGUGAAUAAUGAAAAAGGACAAGUUGAUCGAGUGGUUUGGUUUCGUGUUAAACAGGCUUCAUUAUCAAAAUCUCAUCUUUUCGAAGGAAUUUUCAAUAUGAUAUACUCAUCAUCUUGCGGCGAAAACGAUCGCAUUGUUACUGGAAAAGACUUGGCUACAGUUUUGGAGAGAGUUUUCCAAUUUAUUGAUAGCCUUUUGAAUGGACGAAUGAAAUUAAAAGAUAUGGUUGAUUUGAAGGCUAUCUUUUGUAACAAGAAUAUUAAUGUCCGCGAUGAAGUAAAAAAGUUAUUUUCCUAUCGUUUGAUAGCCAAUGAUAAUAACCAACAAGAACCAGUUAAAAAUACUGAAGUUACAGAACAAGAAAUCGAACAAGUGUGUGAAUGGUUGCAGAUUUAUCAAUAUUACAGUUACAUCAAUAUUAUUGUCACUUGUGUACAGCAAUUCAACAUUAUUUCAAAUGAAAAUGCUGAUGAAACGAUUAAUUCAAUCAUACAGUUAAGCGACGAGAACUGUUCGCUAAAAGAGAUUUCUGAAAGAUAUCGAAAUCUCAAGCAACAAUUUCGAAAAUUAACCAGUCAACAUUUACAACUGAUCAAAACAGCAUCCGAAUGUUUAAAUGUUAUCCAAAUGAUGAAAAAAGCUGAAUUAUACACAACUCAUGGAAGACGUCGCUUUCAAGAGCUAAGAGAUAAUUUAACAACACAAUUUCAACUUCAGGAAAGAAACAAUAUGAUUCUUAAUUCGUGGAUUAUCAUCUAUGGACUAUGUGAACCUUUUACAAUGAAAGCAAAAACUCUUGAAGAUUUCGUUGACAGUGUAGCUAAGUUACCUUACUUCGAAGAUACUCCAACGACACACAUGCAAAUUGUUAACGAUAACAUACAACUUGUCAAUAUGUGGCUAUCGGCUGAAGAUGCAAACGUACUAGAUAACGCUUUGAUAACUAUGGAACAUCUUUAUCGUAGUGGCGUCGUUCAUAUUCAAUUAAGACGAUUGAUUAACGAAGAAUCAAAAUUUGAAAUCGAGUAUUCAAUCAAUAAAACUCAAACCUUGAUCAAGGAAGAUCCGGAAAAUUUAAUCGACGAAAAUGAUGGAUUUCAACAACCAAAAGAACCUGAGAAAAUUAAAUUUAUCAUGGCCACAUCUGAAGUUGAUGAUCAUAAACUGCAGCUGACAUUUUGUAAUGUCGAUCUUUCUGAAGCAAUGAAAUCGAAAAGAAUUUUAUUAAAUGAACAAUUGAAACUAUUGAACACGGUCAACAAUAUCUAUUCAACAAUGAUUCAAUUAGAAAUGGCCGGUCAUCCCGAUUAUCAAUUGAAAGAAGAAACACUUCAAUUGUCUGAUCGUGCAGGUGAAAUUAGUCGAAUUCUAUCUGGAAUGAAAGAUAAUGAAAAUGAAGAGAUCAAUAUUUUGAAAAGACUCGUUGAAAAACAAACAGAUCAACUUCGUUUGAUUCAUCAGCAAAUGGUAAUUAAUUACAAACUCUGGUUAGAACAUUUGGAAGAAUAUCGAAAGUUGACACGUCUAUUACAAUUGUUUUCCAAUCGUCAAGUGAUGAUAUUGAUCAUUCUAUUGACCAAAUCAAGAGAAGAUAAUCGAACAAAAUCGAAUUUCCUUAAAAAGUUACAUUUCAAAAGUGAUAAGAAUUUCAAUGAUAAUCGAGAACUUGAGUUAACGAUUGAAUCAUUGAGACAUUAUUUACGUUCAUUACGUUUGUUUACUUGUGAUCUAUCAGCUGAGAAUAUCCAACGACUAUAUGUCAAACAUCAAAUACCGAACAGAUCCAAUAGUGAAUCAUGCUUGAAGAAAUUAUCUGCAUUUUUAAAAGAACUUCUUCAUGAUGGAGAUGAAUUAUUUAUCGAGAGAACAACAGUCAAUGACAAUCAACAAUAUCUAGUCACAUUGACUCAUAAAGAUCAAUUAGCCGAACCAAAUCCACUCGAUCAUGAUCUUGAUAUGGAAACAUUUUCAAUUCUUGUCAAUAUUCUCAGUCAUCGUUUACCAGCAUCGUUUCAAAUCCUUUGGUGUUCUCAUGCAACACAAGAUGAUAUUCAUUUAUUCUUCAUUCGUAUUCAAACAUUCUAUCAUCUCACAUUUGUGAUUAUGGAUAUGGACAAGAUGCAUCAUCGAUUAAGAGAAAUAUUAUUCAACGAACAAGAUAUAUUAACGAAAUCUGAUCGACCACAUGGUGAAGUUUAUUAUUUCUCGAGAGAACUAACAUCAAGAAAAGGAUUACGACCGUACCAUAUAACGCCACAAAUACGAAACUCAGUAGUGGCCAAUAAAAAACUUAACGAGCUAUUUCAAAGUAAUAAUUUAAUCAAACCGCGACUACGUGUAAUUUGUGGAAAGGCUGGUAUCGGAAAAACCCAUCGAAUUAAUACUCAGUACAAAACUCCGCAAACUUUAUCUAUGAGUAUUAAUGAUCGAUUGCAUUUGACUACAUUAAUCAAUACAUUGCUCUCGUUUGAUUCAACAAAAAAUGAUGAAGAGCCCAAGGUUUAUUUCAACAUUUCGAUUCAUGCUCCAUUCAUUGAACUUAAUCGUACAUUCUUUUCGUUAUUUGUUUGUGGUGCAUUGUCGGAUACAGAUAGUGGUUUAGCAUUUUCAUUGCCAAAUGAUCACCCAUGGACAUUCUUCAUUGAAAUUCCUCAUACAGAUAAAUAUAAUCGAAAUAUUAGCGAUAAUUUCAUUCAAAUUCUUCCAUUAUUAUCUUUAUUGAAUUCAAAUAGUUUUGAAGAAGUUACCGAAAACAAUCACAAACUUCAUAUUGGCAAGCAAGAAGAACUUGUAGCGCGAUUCUUAAAAGCAUAUAUAGAUGGAACAAUAAACCGACUUUACGUCGAAACUACUGCAGAAAAAGAUACUGGAUUGCAGUUCGCUCCAUUGAAUAAUGAAGAAGAAUGUCGACGUCAGAUUAACGAUUGUAUGACAAAAAAUGCACAAGAAUUACAACGAAAUAAAAUAUCUGAACUUUCAUUUGUCAAGUUUUUGUACCGACGUGUUCGAUUUUUUACCGACUCUGGAUUUUACCGUUUCAACGAUAAUGAUGAAUAUUUAGGAACACGAGCGAUGGAACAAAUGAUAGAAGAAGCGAAAAAUCUUUCACAAAUGAAUUUUCAAAGAAUUGAUUAUCCUCGAAUAUUUCUCGUUUAUGAUCCUGGUUUCUCACUUUAUUUGCUACAUACUGAGUGGGAUUGCGUGCCUCAAAAUUUGAAAGAAAUUUUCAAGCGAGAAGAUCCAGCAAAACGAAAAGAAUUUAAAGAAAAAAAUUAUUUUGCCAAAUGUUUGUCUUGGCUUCUAGAUAUUUCAUAUGAUGAUUUUAUGGAUGUAAUGAAGGAAACGAAGUUUAUUCUUACUCAAAACUUCACCUACAAGCUGUUUCAUGUUCAUGAAAGAAAAUUAACGAAGCUUCCUUUAAUUAUUGAAGGUCAUACGGGUGUUGGUAAAACAUAUUUACUAAAAUUUUAUUCGAUGCUACUCAAUGCAAAGCUUACAAAAGGUUCUCUCGAUGAGAAAGUAUCACCACGUAUUCGAGAACGAAUAUGUGUGUGGUUACGUAAGACAGUGAUUGAAACAAUAUUGGAGAAGAGACCCUAUUUGUACGAUGCAAUAUUGAAGCAAAUUCAACCAAAAAUAUCUAGAAAUAAUGAGCAAAUUAAUCAACCAGAAAUUGAUCUUCCAUUUCAAAACCAGGAUGAAGAGGAAGAUGAUGAUGAUGAUGAUGAAUUUGAGGUGGAAGCAGCUAUAGAACAAAUACCUCUUCCUGGUCGAGCAGUCCGACCAAUCGAUGAUAAAUUUUCAAAAGAGAUCAAAUCCGUACUUUCAAGUCAUGGUUAUGAUAAUGGUAAAUUACGACUUAUUUGGAAAACAAUUGUCAAUAUUACUCACAAUACAGAUUUGGAAACAUAUCGCAUAUUAAAUAAAUUACUUUAUGAACACAUCACAUUUCAUAUUACAAGUUUUCCUCUGAUGAAUAUCACUCCUCAACUUGGACAACUACUGAAUCCGAAUACUCUCGAAGAAUCACCUUUAAACUCGAUCAAAUUAUUUGAUGAAUAUUUAAUGCACAUUAAUACUAAAUCAUUAUUCUAUCGUCUUCUCCUUCAUCCAGGUAUUGCAGAAGAACAAUUAGAAGAUUUUAUGAAACCAAUAUGUCAACUGGCUAAUGAAGUUCCUGAUGUUGAAUUAGUUAUAUUCUUCGACGAGGUAAACACUUCGUCAUGCCUUGGAUUAUUCAAAGAAAUGUUCAUGGAUGGUACUUUACAUGGAAAUAAUUUGCCUACGAAUAUAUUUUUUACUGCUGCAAUCAAUCCAUCGUCAGUAAAAGAGGAUGAUAAAAAGGCGGUCCAUCGUAGCGAUUAUCUUGUUCAUCAAUUACCACAAGCCCUAGAAAAUCUGACAAUUUCAUACAGCACAUUAGAAUCAGAUACAUUGAAAGAUUACAUCACUAAGAAAAUCACUACAUUUUCUCUUCCAGGACAACAAUUGACAUUUAUCGAUUUCUAUAUUCAAGAAAUGCUCACUGAUUGUAUAUUAAAAGCUCAAGAAUUCUGCGAAGAGUUUCUAGGAAAAAAUUCUGUUUCUCAACGAGAAAUUCAACGAUGUUUCAAUCUAAUCGAAUUCUUUUGGAAAAUGAGAUUCGAUGAUGAUACAGUUGAACCUGAUGUAAAACGUUGUAUUGCGUUGGCAUUAGCUUUGACCUAUUACUUUCGACUUCCAACGAAAGAAGAUAAUGAUCAACGAAAAGAUGAGAAAACUCCACCACGAGAAAAGUUGGCUAGUAUUCUAUCGCGAAAAAUUCCAGAUUUCGUCGGUAUCAUAGAAAGAGAAUUGGCAAACUUUGUUAAUCCAAACAAUUUUCUGAUUCCUCAAGGUGUUGCGAUUAAUCAAGCAGUUCGUGAGCAUAUCUUUGGUAUUGUGGUCAGCAUUGUUACUAAAACACCGUUGUGCAUCAUCGGUGCUCCAGGUCAAUCGAAGACACUCUCGUUCCAGAUCGUUCUGCAGAAUCUGCAAGGUCCACAAUUAUCAAAUACAGCAUUUUGUAAAAAAUUACCUGCCAUCGAUCCUUUCUUCUGUUUGGGUUCGAAAUAUACUCGAUCAGAAGAUAUCGCAUACAUUCUGGAUCGCGCUAUUAAACGUGAACAACACUACGAACAGAAUCGAAUGAAAACACGAUGCGUUGUAUUCUUAGAUGAAGCAUCACUACCCGACGAGAAAAAAAUGGUUUUGAAAGUAUUACAUCCUUAUUUGGAUGAGUGUAAAGUGGCUUUCGUUGCUGUUGCCAAUAAAUCGUUCGAUGCAGCGAACGCCAAUCGAAUGAUCUGUAUUUAUCGAUCUUUACCAUCGAGAGAAGAUCAACACAUUCUGGCUUAUGGAUGUCUGGGUUUGAAAAUCGAUAAUCAACAGCAGCGAGUCAAUGAUCGUCUGAAAAAAAUUAUUAAUGGUCUUUGUCAAGGUUACCGUCGCUUAUUAAGCACUCAAUCUAUUCCACAAAUUUAUCAUGAUCGAGAUUUUAUUUACAUGUUACGUCAAUUACGCUUCGAAUUAACGACAACAACAGAUGAACAGGAAACACAUGUCGAUGGUAUUACACCUCUCAGUCUUCUUCAUGCAUUGGAAGAAAAUUUCAAUGGGACUUCGAAAGAAAAAUUCGAAGAACUUCUUCAAAUUUUUUUCAAAGCUGUCAAAGAAGAAUGUCCAGAUUUUCGAUUACCACCGAAUCAACGUCGAAACAUACCAACGAUUCUUCAUCAAUCAAUGAAAUUGGAUUCCGUUCGACGUCGACUCUAUGGACGAUACAAAUUAAUUAUUGAUGAAUCAGAAGAUGAAAGUGCUGUGCGUCUAUUAACGCAGAGUGGCGUUCUUGAUCUUGAUCCAAAUAAAAUAGUUGUCUUUCGAAUGUCCGAUUUUCCAGAUGAUGUCAAUAAUGAAUUACGAAACGUCGAGAUUCUUUCAACGAUCAAAUUAUGUAUGGAAACAGGUAAAACUAUUCUAAUGAUCAAUACUGGACGUAUUCAUGGUUCACUUUAUGAUGUUUUCAAUCAAAAUUUCUCGAUUAUGGCUACAGGUGAUAACAGAAAAAUCUGGUCAAAAGUUGCCAUCGGACCAAAAACGAUCGAUAUUGUCGUUCAUGAAGAUUUUCAAUGUAUUGUUCAUAUCAAUCGAAAUGAAUUCAAAGAGAUUCCAGCACCAUUUCUAAGUCGAUUUCAAAAAUAUUCAUUAUCAAUUAAAGAUUUUUAUCAAAUUCGAUGGGCUAAACUUUCCAACGAAGAACAGAGAUUGAUGGAACAGGUCGAAGAAAAAGCUCAAUCAUUUAUUGAACAUAUUGGACAACAAUAUUUCUAUGGUCUAAGUUCAAAUACACUUUAUUCGUGUUUAUUAGGAUUGAUCAAGAAAAACGAUGAAGAAGAACGUUAUUAUCUGAAUAUUCCUCAACAAUACACACAACUAACAAUGAAAUCAAAAUCCGUGAUAGAACACAAUUUAACCAAUAUUUUUCAAUGUCUUCUACGAUCAGUUCUUUCGAAACUAAUGCAAUUGAUCUCUCCAGAAUCCAUUAUUUUAAAACUACCAACUUUUGAAGAUCAAGUAUCACGUUGGAUCUGUACGAAUUACUUUGAAAAUCAAGAACAUUUCAGUCUUGAAAAUUUUCUUCGAACUUUGACGACAUCACCAAUAUCAUCAAUGGAUAUUUUCGAUUUGGAAAAUAGUAACGAUCGACCAAAGGAAAUAUUGCGUUCGACAACUAAAGUAAUGAUAUUUACACGAACAUCAUCUCAUAUCACUGGUCUCAAUCAAGAAACUAAACAUGAAUUAUUUUCAUCUUUGAAUGAAGAUGAUUUAAAUCUUUUCAGUGAUAAAGUCGAUAUCCUCAAUUUGUCGAUCAUCGAAAAUUCUGCUGAAUUAGAAGAACAAUUCAUAAAAUAUGAAAACAAUACUGAGAAAAAUUUAUUGAUGAUUGUAAUUAACAGUCGUAGUAAUCAACAACGUUUACAUAUUCCAUAUAUUCGACAAUUAAUUGAUAAAGUUGAUUAUCGUUGUAAUUCAGAAAAACAAGAUAAUUCCAAAUAUUUUCUUCUACUCGUCCAUUCACCAGCACAAACAAUUUAUCAUCAAUCAUCAUUUUCAUCGAUAUUUCUACAUCAUUGGGAUUUUUAUUUCUUUGAUACAUGUUUAUCAAAUAAUUCAUUUUAUAUUAAGAAUUUCAUACAAAUUCUUACUUCAUCAUACGAUAACAAAGCACAUCAAAAUGAUAAUCAAAUACUUUGUGAUUACAAUAUUUUAUUUGACGAUUGUCUUUGGGAUUUUUGUUCUCGAAUUCAAAUUGUUCUUCAACAAUUACCAAGUGAUUUAUUUGCGAAUCGAUCUGCUUACGAAUUUUAUCAACGUCAAACAAGUACAUUUCGACGUGUUCAAUAUUUGAAAGAAAUUCUUACACAAUGUACCGAAUUACAAAAACGAAUUGUUAAUAAAUAUCAAAUGUAUUUAUCACUAAAAAAGAAUGCAUCAAAGAAAAUUUACACAUUAAUCUAUCAACUUUCCAAAGAUAUUCUUUGUGGAAAACGUUUCGAUGGUCUUGUUGAUUCGAUUCAAUCUCAAACUCGACUUUCGUUCAACAAUUUUGUAUGUACUAUUCUCAAACAUAUCGUUAAUGAUUAUGGAUUAGAAACUUUAUCGAAACUUUCAAAUAUCAAUGAUGGAUAUGAUACUAUGUUGAAUCUAAUUGAUCAUGUAUCAGUAUCAAAUGAACAAGAAAAUGAUUUACUUUCAAUUAAUAGUCAAACUAUUUUUCAAUUAGUGACACAUUAUGCAUGUAUUCCUCAAACGCCGCUCUAUCAUCUUUUUCAUCAACGAAUUAAAUCCUAUUCUGAUGAGAUUAAAUUGAGAUUCAUUGAAAAAACAGCUGAACAGAAUAAUAUGAAUGAAAAUGAACAUACUAUUGAAGAAUUUCGAUUUGAAUUGAUCAAAGCAAUUGAAAAAGAUUCGAUUUUAAUGAAAAUUGUCAAUAAAUCCGUUUUAGAAACAUAUUCAAAUGAUUUAGUUCAAACAUUUUGUACAAUUGUUGAGAAAAAUUUUACUGAUGAUCGUAUUAAAUGUCAAAAAUCAAUUGAAUUUAUCUCUCGAUGGUUACGUUUAGUCGAUGAAAAUGAACAACGAGUAUUAGAUGAAUAUCAUCAUGAAGAUAUUUGGCGAUUAGCUCAUGUUUAUACAUCAUUUGAAUACGAUCGAAACGAUUUAUUUUCUUUGUAUUCAGCAUGUCGAAUAAUGGAUCGUCUCGAUCAAACUCAAACAUUUUAUCAUCAGUUAUUUGACAAUGGGGAUUCAACUCGAAGUCUUGUUCGUGAAAAUUUAUUUCGACGAAUGUUUGAUGAUCUAUGGGAAAAUCUUUCUAAUGUAUGUUUUAAUCAUCAAACUAAAGAAACAUGGGUUCUAUGUUAUACAAUGAUAUCGAAAUAUUAUCCAUCUAGUAAAGUUCUUGAACAAACACAACUGAUUGAUAUUAAAUCUCGUAUUGAAUUUAUGAAUUUGGCUUAUUUUAUUCUUCUAAAUGAAAAUUUAACAAAAUCUGAAGAACUUGUGAUUAAAUUACUUCAACAAUUCGAAUUUCUUCAAGAGAAUGAACCAAACUAUUUUGGUGGACAACAAAAAUCACCCUAUAUUGAAAGGUAUUCAUCGAUUGUUGAAACUGUUAGCAAAUAUAUCGAAGAAAACAAUCUUCCGAAAUCAACAUUAAUGAUUGAUAUUCAACAAUGGAUAAUUUCAAUUUUAAAAGCAAAUGAUACAUCAUAUCGUGAAGAAAUAUUUUCAUUAUUUAAAUAUUUAAAUCAACCAAUUUGUCCGUUAUCAUUGACGAUAAAAGAAUUUCUUUUUGAUGAAUUGGCGAAUAUUUAUCUCAAAUAUUUACCACGACACCAAAUGGUUAAAGAUACAUGGGAUCGUAUUCAUCUUCUUCCAACAAUGAUUCGAUGUGUUUCGGAUGGAAACUUACUUGAAAACUAUCGUUUACCAUAUCAUCCAUCAGUGAUCAAUCAAGAAAAUACUCGAUCGAUAUUGCUCGAUCUUUUCUUUUCUUAUAUGAAACGUUUGAUGACUAAUGAAGUAGUUCAUUGUACACUGAUCAAUAAAAUUAUACAAUCGACAACUCCAACUAUUGAUAUUCGUCAACUUCAACCGGUAGUCGAAACUGUUUUUCGACAAUUAAAAGAUUAUUUUCUUAUUCAAUUGACAGCUCUUCUUCUCUGCCAAACCGAUCGAUCAGUUGAAGAUCAACUUGAUAUCAAUCGUAUUCUUUUAUAUAUGAUCAAUAAUUAUCUGUCGAUUCAAAAUAAUGCAACAGAAUUGAGUGAACCACUUCAAAAUUUUCUUUCCAUAAUUGUUUCUAAAUUUUCAUGGAAUUCUCUAUUAAAAAUACUUAAAUCAGAUGAUAUUCAACAACAAAAUCAACACUGGUCAUUAACUUUAGCUCGAUUUUUUGAGACUGAACAAGCAAUACCAAUAAAAAAAUCUUCAUUACAGAUGAGUCAUCAACUAGGAUUCACAUUAGGAUCAAAUGAUGAACAAUCCAUCUUUCCACAUCUUCAACAACCUUAUACAGAAUUGAAAAGAAUUAUUGAUCAAUGUGUUAAUCAAAAUAACGAUGAACAACGCUGGAAAUUAUUUACAGAUUGGAUUACUGUGAAUCGUCAAGGAAAUCCACCAAAGCUGCAACUUAAUGAAAUCAAAGUGAUUGUUUUAGUAAAUAUCUACUAUGAAUAUUUUUGUCAAGAUCGCUUAACAUCGAUUGAUUCAUUAUUACCAAUUAUUGAAAGAAACUUGGAUCUUUCAGUAGAAGAAAGACUUGUUUUUCGAGCUCUUAGUCAACCCGAACAAUCAAUGAUUGGUUAUCCAAAAAAUCAAAAUGAUGAGAGAAAUACAUUGAAUAAUUUCUUUACUCCACAAUGUCAAAAUGAAGAUGAACUUCGAAUUCGUCAUUGUUUAGUUAAUUUAAUGGCGAUGAUUCUUCUUGGUGGAAAACAAAGUUUUCUUUGGUCAUUUGCAUUUCAACCAUUAAAUUUACUACACACCCACGGCUUUGGUACUACGGCUCAACAACCGAUUGAAGAACAUGGAGUUCAUUAUGAUUGUGGCUGUGUCAUCGAUGAAAAAGGUGAAUUGCUACAAUUUUCAGGGAAGCCGAGUUUGCUAAAUGUACCAGGAACCUAUGUAGCAUAUUUUUCAACCUACGGCGCUAUGGCCUGGCAUUUACUGUUAUACGAAAAUUCAGUAAACAAUUUGCAUGGUCCUGUUUUAGCAAAACAUGCUGUUGGUAAUGCAGAGAAUGGUGGUCGAAUGAUGGGCAAUCAAGAACGAACAAAAGUGUGUCAUUUCGUUUGUGCUCGUCUCUUAUCUACCUAUCAUUUUCUUUGUGUUCGUUUCAAUCAAGAUGAUACAUGUAUACUUAUUAAUCGUUGUUCAGAACAAAUGGCAUAUUUAACUCUUCAACAACAACAAUGGAUUAAACCUGUUUAUGCAACAUAUGAUGAUCAAUUCAAUGCUGAAAGUCAAUAUCAACAACACGUCUUCUAUUCUAUUCUUCAAAAACUACCCAAUUACAAAGCUCAAAUCAAUCAAUUAGAUUUACAAUCAGAGAUUCAAGCAAAUUUACAAAUCUAUAUCGAUCAAAUGCCUAUUGUUGUUAAUUAUGAACAUUUCAAAACUGAACUUCAUAAUCCAAAGAAUUUUGCAUCAUCAUUAAAUAUUUUACAACGUGUUCUAAGUACUACUGGUUUUCUUGAAAUGACUCGAUCGAUUUAUGAUUUAAGUCAAUUUUAUCUUCUUCUACAUCAAACUUAUAGUUUUUUGAUUGAACGAGAUGAAUUCAUUCAAAUAACAUUAGAAGAUCUAUUAAAACGUGCUGAACAAAAUUCAAAUAUUAUCGAUCAACGUCUUCGUGCACAACAUCAUUCGAUCAUUGAAAAUGGAUUAAAAGCUAUCAAUUUAUAUCAUACAUUUACUGAUGGAUUGAUUCAACCAGGAGCUUGUGAUGAAACUCAACAUUUUGAUAAAGUUUCAAUUGAAACACCAAUUCAUUAUUUAGUAACGAAUGAAAAUCAUGAUGAAGGUGACAUAGUCAUGAGAAUUCUAAGUGUUCUUGUUGAUUAUCAUAAUGGUCUAUUGGAUUUACUAGAAAAGGAAAUAAAAAAUGAUCCUAACGAUUGCAUGACUGUUCCUAAGAAUUUAGUUUAUGAUAUAGUUUCGAAAGAUGUUUCAAUUUUACAAAUCGCUCGUGAUAAUACAGGUGUAAUCACACUUACAUCAAAUGAUGUUAAAUGGUUAUCGAAAUUAUCUCGUGCUAGUUUAAUUAUUGAUAAAGAAAAUUUCUUUGAAAUCAAAGAAAAUUCGUUGGAAUUUAAUUUUCAUUAUAUUCAAUUUUUCAUCAUUCGAACACAUUUAUUGUUAUGUCGAAUCAAUUUUCGUCAUAUUGUUCAGAAAUAUCAAUGUUAUAGACGAGCAAAUCAAACGAACAAUGAAUCUGAUAUGAUUGAACUUGAUGAAAAUUAUUCGAAAGAAAUCGAUCGAAAUAAAUUAGAAAUUGAAUGGAAUCAUCUAAAAAAUAUGUUAGUCGAUAAACUUACUAAUGGUUAUAAACUUCUUCGACAAAUAAUAUUAUUAACUAAAUCUAAUGAUCAAAAUCUUUCACAUUUAAAUCUAAAUGAAUUCUUAAAUAUUUACACUAAUGAUCAAACUAUUCGUGAACAAUGUGAACUGUAUGAAAUACGAAAUUUUCAAUUAUGUUAUUUGAAUCAUAUUCAAGAAUUGUAUUCUAAUGCUAUUAAUGAUAUUCAAUAUUUAUUUAGUGAUGUUCCUCAUCUAUUACGAACUCCAAUCAAUGAUGAAUUAAAUGAAGAAUUAAAACAGAAAAUCAAAAUAAAUUUAAUUGAUAUUGAAUAUAAUGAUCAUGUUGAGAGAUUAAAAUCAACAAUUCAUAUGAUAAGUGAAUUUUUGAAUGAUUUACGUUCGAUUGAAGUUUCUCUAUUUGAACAAUCGACACAAUCAUUACCAAAAACAUGUGAAUAUGUAGCAAUAGAGAGUCCUAUAUUAUCAUGGAUUCCUUCUGAAAUUCGUUGUGAAAAUUAUGUUUCAUUAAGUAUUCAUUUAAUUCGAUGUCGAUCGAUUCUUGAAGAAAAAUUAGUUAAUAUUCAAGAAAAACAAAAUAUUCUAUGGACUGAAGAAAUUGAUGAAAAUCAAAAUCCAAUUGAAUCAAAGAAUACAUUUCUUAAUUAUUUGAAUAAUAAAGAAGAUAAUUCACAAGAUGGAUUCGCUAUUAAUCUAAUUGGAGAAAGUGGAUUCAAUCUUCCAACAACAACAAUGGGUGAUAAUUAUCACUGGAAUUAUGUUAAUCAUUUACUUGAUCAAGACGAUCAGAAAACAAUGAAAACAACAAUUGAUAAUGAAGAAAUAAAACAAGAUGAAAUCAUUAAAGAUGUCGAAACAAUUAAUUGUCCAACUCUGUAUACAAUGCAACUUAAAUCUCUUCCAUUUUCAUUAUCACCAUGGUUUGAUCUAUUAAAUCAAUUGAAAACUUCAAAUAGUGAAGAAGAAAAAAAAGCGAAGUCUGUUAGUAUUAUUCAUCCAGAUGAAAAAAAGACUUCUCAUCUAUUGAGAAAAGAAAAACUUUUUGAACAAUUGCAAAAAAUAUUCAAAGAUAAAGGUUAUUCAUCUCAGAUAUUGAUACCUGUCGAUAAAUAUCACAUUGGUCUUGAUCUGAACGGUGAUAAUCCAUCACUUCCACAUGAUUUUCCAUUGGAAUAUUCAAUUCUUCAAAGAACAUCUUUGAUAGAAGUUAAAGUUGAAUAUAAAGAAAAAUCGGUUAAUUAUUUCACGAGAUUGGAAUGUUCAGUGAUCAAUAUUUUCAAUCGAAUAUUGAACGAUCCUAAACUCGGCGUACAUCUUGAUACAGAAAAUUUUAUCUGUGUCCUCGAUGAGUCUAGACGAUUGAUUUAUGACGGAAUCAUUGGAGAUCUUUUUUCUGUUAAUGAUCAAGAGAAGAGAAAAGUUCGUUUAAUCAUCACAGAAGAAAAUGAAUCGAUUUCGUUCCAUGAAAUUCUCUAUCGAACUGCUCAAGACGAAGAGAAAAGAAUUUUACUUCAUCCAAGUACAAUAUGGCAAAAUUUAGAUAAUUGGUUUCGAGCACAACCUGUCGCAAAAAAUCUUGAUACAGAAUAUUUCAGUUAUUUUCUCAAGGAAAAGAACAGCAUUGUUGAUAAAACAGAUAACAUUUCCUCGACAAUCGAACCGAUUACAAUCGAUGUAAUUAGUCGAGAUUCAACAAUGAAUGUACAAAUUUCUUAUGAAGAUGCAUCCGAAAAAAUCUGUGUAUUAAAAGUAAUGAAAAUCAAUCAACUGUUGUACAACGAAAAAAUUUUAUCAAAAUUGAAUUUAAAUGUCAAUUCUCUUCGUGAUUGUGUUGUAGCUUUAGGAGAGAAUUCUGAUCAAAGACUUUCAAAUGAAGAUACACACAAAUCGAUCGGAGAAUUUUCUGUUGAUGAUCAACAAGUCGUAGAAUUUCGUAUUGCUUAUCUCAUUCAAAUUUUAACUUCAGAUAAUAAUGAAAAACCUGAAGAAGUUCUUCUAUUUAACAGAAAAGUAAUGAUCGAAGAAUUAUUACGAAUUUCUAAAGGAUCUGAUCGUGGUUACAAAUAUCUUGCGUCGUAUAAUACAAAGAAAAUUAUUGAUGUUCAUCAACUAUUAUUUGAUGUCAAUGAAACAAGAUUUCUGCUGGUGAAAGAAGAUCAAUUUUGUUCGAUUCAUAUUCGAAGAUCAACUGAAAAUCAACUGAUUUUAAUUGAUGAUGAAGCAAACAGCAAACAAAAUUUUGCUUCAUUUGCUACCAUUGCUGAUGUUUACAAAGCAAAUCAUAUAGAUAAUCAAAAUAAAUAUCUUCUGUUUGAAAAGGAUUUUCUUCCAUCGAUGGAAACUUCAUUAUCAAUCUUCGUAUCAACAUCACCGACUGAAUUCGAAGUGAGCAGUGAAAAGCUACCAAUACAUAUCAUCGUCGAAAACGGCAUUGAUAAACAAACUGUCAAUUAUUAUAGUUUAUCUCAAACACAAUUUCAUCGGUUGCGCUCAAUCGCAUGUCAACUCAUGCAUUUAAAUCCAAAAUUUUAUCAAUUGAUGUACGAUGGAACAGAAUUAUCAGACGAUGAAAUGUGUUUGGAUGAUCUUGAAACUGUUCCAAAUGAAGUUAAAUUAGAAUUAAUUUGCAUUGCUCCCUUAAAAGCUUCAAUUAAGUUCGAACAACUGGAAGUUUUGAUUCCAUGUACUGAAGAAACUUUAGCGUCGGAGUUGGUCGAAGAAGCUUUGUUAAAAAUGAACUUUUCAAAAAGCAAUUCGUGUCAAUUUGAAUUAUUUGCUCUUGUUGAUGAAGAAAUACAAGUCGAAAUGGAUUAUAAAAUUGAAGAUGUUCGUGAAAUUUUUCCUGAAGAUACUGAAACGAUGAAACUUGAACUUAAAAAGAAAUAG